AUGGAUCUCCAACGAGCGGCCUUUUCCUCUUCUUCAACCAAUCCUGAUCGAUGCGUCUACGAUGUAUUUUUGAGUUUUAGAGGAAAUGAUACUCGUAACAACUUUACUGCACAUCUACUCAAUGCUUUACGUCUAAGAGGAAUCGAUACCUAUGUAGACAAUGAGCUUCGAAGAGGAGUAGACAUUUCAUCGGCGCUUUCCAAAGCUAUUGAAGAUUCAAGGAUUUCAAUCAUUAUACUCUCUAAAAAUUAUACAUCAUCCACGUGGUGUUUGAACGAAUUGAUAAAGAUCCUUGAGUGUAAAGAAACAAAGCAACAAAUGGUUCUCCCUAUAUUUUACCAUAUAGAUCCAUCACAAGUACGAAAUCAAAAGGGAAGUUUCAGAAAAGCAUUCAUUAAACAUGAAAAUAGGUUCAAAGAUGACAUGGAGAAGGUGAACAAAUGGAAGGCAGGCCUAAAACAAGUGGCCAAUCUGUCAGGGUUCCAUUUAAAGAAAGAAAGGGACGAAUCUAAGUUUAUCAAUGAAAUCAUUCAAUGGGUGAACUCAAGAGUAAUAAAUCUUUUGCAUUUACACGUUGCCAAAUAUCAAGUUGGAAUAGAGUCUUGCAUACAAGAGAUUGAUUUGCUUCUAAAUGUUGGAAUGAAUGACAUACGCAUGAUAGGAAUAUUCGGAAUUGGUGGAAUUGGUAAGACAACUAUAGCCAAAGCAAUUUAUAACUUGAUUGCUUAUCAAUUUGAGGGUAGUUGUUUCCUUCCAAACGUUAAAGAAACUUCAACUCGAGAAUGUGGUCUAGUUAAACUACAAGAGACACUUCUUUCUAAGAUCUUAGGAGAUCCAAGUUUGACGGUUGACAACGAUGAUCAAGGAAUCAGCAUGAUAAAGAAGAUGCUUUGCUACAAAAAGGUUCUUUUAAUUCUUGAUGAUGUGGAUCAAUUGGAGCAAUUAGAAAAAUUAGCUGGACGACAUGAUUGGUUUGGUUCCGGAAGUAGAAUCAUCAUAACAACAAGGGAUCAAAGUUUAUUAUCUAAUCAUGGGGUUGCUUCAACAUAUAAGGUGAAGAUAUUGGACCACGAUAAAGCUCUUCAACUCUUUAGUUGGCAUGCCUUCAAAAGAAACAAGCCAAUCGACGAUUAUGCCAAACUCACAGAACAUGUAAUACGAUAUGCUGGGGGCAUUCCGUUAGUUUUAACAGUACUAGGUUCGGAUCUGAAGGAUAAAAGUAUAUAUCAAUGGAAAAGUGCAUUAGACAAGUACAAAAGAUUUCCUAGCAAAAGAAUUCAAGAAAAACUUAGAAUAAGUUACGACGGGUUGGAUGAUAAUGAGAAGGCUAUUUUUCUUGACAUUGCAUGCUUCUUUAAAGGAAAGCACAUGGAUGAUGUUAUUAAAAUACUGGAUAGUCGUGGCUACUUUUCAGAUAUUGGUAUCAAAAUCCUCAUAGACAAGUGUCUUAUAACUAUUGAUUGGCAUAACAUCUUGGAGAUGCAUGACUUGUUACAAGAUAUGGGCAGAGAAAUUGUUCGACAAGAAUCACCAGAAGAACCUGGUAAACGUAGUAGAUUGUGGUUUCACGAAGAUGUUCGUUAUGUGUUAGAAGAAGAUACGGCAACAAACAAAAUUGAAGCCAUAUUGGUAGAUUUGCCUAAACAAGACCCGAUACGCUUGAGUUCCGAGGUCUUCACGAAGAUGAAAAGGCUCAAAUUGUUUAUAAAUCAAAAUGGAUGCUUCUCUGGAGGACCUAAUUAUCUCCCUAAUGAGUUGAGAGUACUUAAUUGGCCCGAAUAUCCUUUACAAUCUUUGCCAUCCAAUUUUCAUGGAGAGAAACUCACUAUUUUAAGAAUGCAUAGUAGCCCCAUCAAGGAACUUGGGGAGGGAUUCAAGAGUCAUGAAAACUUAACAACCAUGGAUUUCUCUUAUUGUAAAUUCCUAACAAAAAUCCCUGAUCUUUCAAGAAGUCCAAAUUUAAAAGAAUUGACUCUCCGUCAUUGUACAAAUUUAGUUGAGGUUCAUGAUUAUGUGGGGUUUCUUGAUAAGCUUGAGAAUAUGAAUCUUUUGGAAUGCUCCAGCCUUAGGUGCUUUCCAACGAGGCUCAAGUUGAGAUCUCUAAAAUUGUUUGAACUUAAAGGUUGCUCAAGACUCGAGAAAUUUCCUGAAAUAGAGUGCAAGAUGGAAUGUUUAAUAGACAUUGGAUUAGAGCACACUGGUAUAAAAGAGCUGCCUUCAUCCAUCAAGAAUAUCACUCGACUACGUUCUUUAUAUCUAAGUGGCUGCAAAAACCUUGUACAUCUCCCAACUAGCAUUCAUCAGUUGCAACAUCUGCAGAAUCUUUGGCUCAGUGGUUGUUCAAAACUUGUAAGAAUCGGACAGGAGGUGGCAUCUAUCGUGUCUGCAACGGAAUAUGAAAUUUCCACAAAUUCAAGCAUAUCUAAUGAUGACUGUUCUUCAAUGGGAGUGAUAUAG